UGUUUGUGGUGGUUGAUGUGUGUAGCUGGUAGUGCGAAUAAAAACUGUAUAAUAAGUCUUGUGCUAUCGAAGUCCAAACCAUGAAGACUGUAGACCAGAAGACACUGCUAACGAAUGGACUGAAAAAUUUGUGGGGCCAACAUUCCUUAAAAACACUGUGUGCCGAAAAUGUUGCGAAGCUGUCCACUGAGAAUCGACAGGCACUUCUCUGCUACAUAUCACACUUGCUUAUACAACCCAGCCUUACUGAGCAAGUGGCAAAAAAUUUCCCUCAAAUUGUGUUGCAGUUGCUUCACAUAGCUAAAGACUGGAACCAACUGCAAACACUUUUCAGAAAUAUUAGCCCAUCUCUUCAUAUCAUGAUAUACGAGAAUGAAAGUGAAAGACAUAAGAAAAUCUGUGUGGCUCUUGGAAAGCUAAUAAUGUUUCACCCAGAUGCACUAAGAUUCAGCUUGGAGUAUUUUGAAAAAUAUCCUGCACCAUUUACAUAUCUUUUUUCACGUUCAGAAGUUGCUUGGAACCGUGCUAUAUAUGUGGACGAACAAGUCUCAGAUUAUGAUAUUAUUGCAUCGUGCUACAGCUUUCUGUCCACCUCCUGUGAUCAUUUUCGGCAGUGUUGGAAUUGGGCUGCAUUUACUGAGUUAUUGAGAAGAUACAAGCAUAACAAAAAACUGAUGUGGGUUGGUCUUAAUUGUUUAGCAACUGUGACUGGUAUGUCAGACUCGGAGCGGCGGUACUUGUUGCUUGGACAAAAGGCUGCUGAAAAUUACCUUAUUGAGUUUGACGAAUACAUGGAAAAACUCAGUAAUAUCAAAGUCGUGUCAUCAGACAUUCUUGAAGCACCUUCAUCCGACUCGUGUUCUAUGCUGGGAUCUGUUAUUACAGUUGCUGGCUUUCAGUUUCCAGUAGUUGAUCCAACUAAGCAGAGAGAUGAGCCCCUCCAGCGUGGCAUACAAACUACGGAGCAAAACCUGCGUAGCCUCGCCUUGGCACUGGUCUCAGGUCGUGCUAUCUGCCUCCAGGGACCAGUUGGUUCUGGCAAGACAGCUUUAGUUGAACACUUCGCUAAUCUUACAGGGCGUGGUGGCCUCCCACACCUGACUAAAAUCCAGCUUGGUGAUCAGACAGACAGCAAAAUGCUGCUUGGUUCAUAUCGCUGCACUGACAUCCCUGGGGAAUUUGUUUGGCAGUCUGGAGUCCUUACAGAGGCUGUUGAAAAAGGCUAUUGGUUAUUGCUGGAAGACAUCGAUUCAGCACCAAGUGAUUUAGCUUCUGUUUUGGCAUCUCUUCUUGAAACAAAACAUCUUUUUGUGCCAGGAUAUCGCGAUUCAAUACCAGUAGCUCGUGGGUUUCAACUGUUCUUGAGUCGUAGACUUACAAAGAGUGGAAGUGAAAAGAUAAGUGUGUCAUCAUCACUGUUGGAGUCCCACUGGAUCACAGUGGAUAUCAAACCUCUUAAAAAGGCAGAACUUCUGCAAGUUGUCAAGGGGGUGUUCCCUGUUCUGGAGCACAGUGCUGAAAAUCUAAUCAACACCUUCUCAGUAUUUUCACAAGGAAGGCAUGAGGAGAAUCCUGAACAAAUGGUUAAGAAUCCCAUAAAGAAACGUAUUCUUGAAGAGCUGAAGCAGAAGCUGGGAAGUGGAAGACUCACUUCCACAAGGGAUCUUUUGAAAUGGGCUGUGCGCUGCAGCGAAGUUUACAAACAUAGUCCAAAGGGAAAUAAAGACGCUGCAUUGAACGUCUAUGCCGACGCUGUGGACAUCUUCUGUCUUUCCGAGAACAAGAAAGAUGUGCGUAUUGCUGGUGCUAAAGCCGUGGGGAGUUUCUUGAGUGUGCUUGUGGAUGCAGAUAAUUAUCUUAAUGUGCAUAAGCCCACAAUUUCUGAAACAGAUCGUCAGAUUACAGUUGGACGAGCCACACUGCUGAAGAAGAAAACUGAUGAGAUUGCAAUUCAACGUGCUCAGCGAAUUGCCCUUGUCCCACCCGUGGUUCGACUUCUUGAAGGAGUAGCCCGUGCAAUACAGUUUUGUGAGCCAGUGUUGCUUGUUGGUGAAACAGGCACAGGAAAAACUUUCCUCAUUCAGCACCUAGCACAAAGAACUGGAAAUCCACUACUGGUCAUCAAUAUGAACCAGCAGAGUGAAACAACAGAUCUGCUCGGAGGUUAUAAACCAAUGGAUCUGAAGUUUAUAGUGAGACCUGUGAGAGAAAAAUUUGAGAGACUUGUGCGUAAUCUUGCAUGGGAAGAUGGCCUUAAGUUUUUAGUGAAGCUGGCAAGAGAGUAUCAUAGCCGAAACUGGAAAAUGGUACUCCUUAUGAUGAAGCGUAAAACGUCUUCUGUCUUGAAGAAGUUACGUAAGAAGUCUAACCCCAGUGAAGAAAUUACCACUAUGAUUUCAAACUGGAAACAGUUAAGUGGUGAUUUGUCACGGCUAGAGAAGCAGAUUUCCUCUAAUGCUAUGGCCUUCACUUUUAUCGAGGGAAGUCUUGUCAGAGCUGUCCGUGAAGGAAAAUGGGUGCUCCUUGAUGAAAUCAACUUGGCACCACCAGAAACGUUGGAAUGCUUGUCAGGGCUAUUGGAAGAUGGAGCCGUGGGUAGCCUCCGCUUAUUGGAACGAGGUGAUGAGCAACCUGUUCCAAGGCACAAGGACUUUCGUCUCUUUGCUUGUAUGAAUCCUGCUACAGAUGUCGGCAAGAAGGAACUGCCUGCUGGCUUACGUAACAGGUUCACAGAAUUCUUUGUAGAUGAACUUACAUCAGAGAGUGAUUUGAAAGAAAUGAUGCAUUGUUACAUUGGACAACUUGGACUCGGAGCAAGAAAAAUAAAGGAUUUAGUGCAGUUCUAUUGCAAACUGAAAAAUGUUGACAGUUAUAGUCUUUGUGAUGGGACUGGAAAUAAACCACACUACAGUUUGCGGACAUUGUGCCGAGCUCUGACUGUUGCUGCAAAAAACCUGUGUGGGUCGGUGCCACGUUCUCUGUAUGAAGCCUUUUGUAUGAGCUUUUUAACACAGCUGGACUAUAAUUCUCAUCCAGUUGUAGAGGGAGCUAUAAGAGAUGCUGUGCUGUCAGGUAAAAAAGACACUGGAAAUGAAUUAAACAGACAGUUGCCAGUACCUGCGAAAGAGAACUUGUAUGUUUGUGUUGAAGGAUUUUGGAUCCGAAAAGGAACUCUGGAUCCAUUUAUUCCACAGAAGUACAUAUUGACAGAAUCUGUUAGCCGCAAUUUGCGAGACCUGGCACGUAUUGUGUCUUUGGGCCAACUGCCUGUGUUGCUGCAAGGUGACACGUCAGUUGGCAAGACGAGUAUUGUGACAUACUUGGCUCAGAUAACAGGUCACCACUGUGUGCGAAUCAACAACCAUGAACACACAGAUCUGCAAGAAUAUGUGGGUUCUUAUAUUGCUGAUGCUUCUGGAUCACUAGUUUUCAGAGAGGGUGCUCUGGCAGAGGCAAUGAGACAUGGCCACUGGGUUAUAUUAGAUGAGCUGAAUUUGGCACCAACAGAUGUUCUGGAGGCUUUGAAUCGUGUUUUGGAUGACAACAGAGAGCUAUUCAUUCCUGAGACACAAGAAGUCAUAUCGGCACAUCCGAACUUCAUGUUGUUUGCAACGCAGAAUCCACCUGGUCUGUAUGGUGGGAGAAAGUUGCUGUCCAGGGCAUUUCGCAACCGGUUUGUCGAGUUGCACUUUGAUAAAAUCCCGUCACACGAACUGGAAACUAUAUUAGAGAAGCGCUGUGAACUGCCUGAAUCUUACGCUCGUCGAAUGGUGAAUGUGAUGAAAGAUCUACAGGUCCACCGGAGAAGCAGUGUUGCUUUUGCUGGAAAUAAGGGAUACAUGACACUUCGAGACUUGUUUCGCUGGGGGGAGAGGUACCGACGUGCUCCUCACAGCAGUGGUUUCCAGGACUGGAAAGAAUACAUGGCUGAAGAAGGAUUUCUCGUACUGGCCUGUCGAGUUCGCUGCAAGGAGGAGGAGGAAGUGAUCUGGAAUGUAAUCACGAAACAUUUUGGCAGCUCCCCCAACCGACAAAAUCUGUUUUCGUUCACAGACAACACAUCCUUGGUUACGUCGCCAAUUCUGCAGAAAAUUAAAGCUCUUAGCAGUAAAAAUCCAGACAGUGGUAUUGUGUGGACACAAGCUAUGCGGAGAAUGGCAGUACUUGUAUAUAAAGCAUUUGAGUUCGAUGAACCAGUGCUUCUGGUGGGUGAAACUGGUUGUGGAAAGACAACUGUAGUCCAGUACCUUGCAGCUCUACAGGGUCACACUCUCUACACACUGAACUGUCACAUGCACACAGAGGGCUCUGAUUUCCUGGGAGGUCUACGUCCUGUUAGGCAUCGUAGCCAAGAUGAUGACAGUCCACAGAAGUUAUUUGAAUGGGUAGAUGGCCCCCUCAUUAAGGCAAUGGAAGGAGGAUCAUGGUUUCUCUGUGAUGAAAUAUCACUUGCUGAUGACAGCGUGUUGGAGAGAUUGAACUCAUUACUAGAACCAGAGCGAAAACUCCUGCUCUCUGAAAAAGGUAGCACAGGAUCAGUUUCUGAUGGUGCAGGUGACAGCUCUUGUAUUGUUACAGCUGCUCCAUCCUUUAAAUUUGUUGGGACAAUGAAUCCUGGUGGUGACUAUGGAAAGAAAGAGCUUUCUCCAGCUUUACGCAAUCGAUUAACAGAGAUAUGGUGUGAGUCACACUCAAAGCGGGAAGAUUUAGAACAAAUUCUAAAAGUUAAUCAGAAGGGUGGCUUGCAAUUAGAUGUCUCUGUUCUUGUUAUGGAUUUUCUCGAUUGGUUUACCAGUACAAAAAUUGGCUCAAAGUUUCAUGUAAAUGUCCGUGACCUCAUCACAUGGGUAAACUUUUACAAUGUAUGCACAUCACUGAAAGGGAUGUCUCCUGCACUUGCUUAUGUACAUGGCGCUUUCCUGACGUUUCUUGAUAGCUUUGGUUCAGGGAUCACUUCCAAUGAAAGAAAAUUUGAACAUUUUGAAAUCAGCUGCUGUGCAAUUCUUGGCAAAACAAGUCCGUUGCGAAAUCCUCUGAAAGGAUUUACCUUUGAUACGAAAACAACCCUAUUAAAUGCAGAGCGUGUGCUGCGAGGCCUGCAGUUGACCCGGCCUGUACUGUUGGAAGGCAGUCCAGGUGUUGGAAAGACAGCUUUAGUUGCUGCUCUGGCGUGUCUUGCCGGGCAUCACCUUGUACGCAUCAACAUAUCAGAGCAGACGGAUAUUUCAGAUUUGUUUGGAGCAGAUUUGCCAGUAGAUGGUGGAGGUGAAGGACAGUUUGCAUGGCGUGAUGGUCCAUUGCUUAGAGCUUUAAAGGAUGGGGACUGGAUACUCCUGGAUGAGUUGAAUCUAGCAUCUCAGUCUGUAUUAGAAGGCCUCAAUGCUGUAUUUGAUCAUCGUGGAGAAGCAUAUAUUCCAGAACUGGGAUGUUCGUUCAAGUUACGGCAUCAAACACGAUUAUUUGCCACACAGAACCCACAGCGCCAAGGUGGAGCUCGUAAAGGUUUACCACGAUCUUUCCUUAAUAGAUUCACACAGGUCUACAUCUCAGCUUUGACAACAGAUGAUCUUGAAGCUGUGUUGAGUGCAAAAUACCCCAAGUUAGAGCAGAACCUUAUCCGUCAGAUGGUACAGUUCAAUGAGAAAAUUCGCUAUGAGACCACAGUAUUAGGUCUGUGGGGUCAGCGAGGUGGUCCUUGGGAGCUGAACUUGAGAGAUCUUUCACGAUGGGCUAAUGCUAUAGUUGCUGGUGAAGCAUUUGACAAUCCAGGGCUGUAUCUGCCACUCAUUUAUGCAUCUAGAAUGCGCACACAGCAUGACAGAAAACAGGUUGGACCUUCCGGCUGUGGGAAGACUAUGCUUGUCAAACUAGCAGCACAACUGGCAGGACGUGAGCUGCGCGUACUUUCAUUCAAUUCUGCUAUGGACACAAUGGAAAUCUUGGGAGGAUUCGAGCAGCCUAAUAAGAUAACUGUUGGUUUAUCUACUACCCUUUUUUCAGAUAAACAACAACAAAAUAGUGUGAAUGAUUUCCUCAUGAAAGUUAAUAUUUUGGAAGAUAUUGUCGCAGACAUCUCUUCUAGCCCUGUAAAAAUGGUACCAGAGAAUUCUGUGCAACAAAUACUGGAAAAUCUUGGCAACAAGCUCACUGAUUUAAGAUCUCAAGUAAUAGCUGAUGGCAGUCUAAGCGUUGGUGGAAAGUUUAUGUGGGUAGACAGCAUCCUGAUAAAGAUGGUUACCAAUGUUGACAGACUUAACCCAGUUGUUCGUGUAACGAGCACACAUCGUGACCCAAUUGCAGCCACCACAGACACAACAAGCACAUGUGCCACCCGACCUUGCACUGCAGAUCAGCCACAACAGUUGUCAAAGCACACCACUACGAAACCAGAAGCAACCAGUACACAACAUGUUAUCACCUGA